AUGGCGGCCCGUGUCGUCCAUCGAGCAGUCUGCGCACGCGUACCCAACAGAGCACUCCUCGCCGUCACGGGCACAAAUACUGCUCAAUUUCUCAACGGUCUCGUUUCGACAACCGUUCCCUGGCCGCCAAACGGAGGAUUUUAUUCAACCUUUCUCGCAGCAAAUGGCAAAAUGCUAUAUGACGUUUUUCUGUGGCCAUUCCGUGACGGAACGCGCGAAGGCUACUUGAUUGACUAUGACCCACGGUCUACCGAGGACGCACCUCCACUCGACGCAAUGCUCAAGAAACACGUCCUACGCUCUCGUGUCAAAGUUCAACCUUUACAGGACGAAUACGAUGUAUGGACGGCUUGGGGCGGCGAAUUGAACGAGCCGACUCGAAGCUGGCGAUACGGUAGCCAAGGAGCGGUCGAACCCAUCUUCGAAGACAAGCUUGCCGCAUGGUCAACUCAAGAUGAUAAGCGCCUGCGCGACUUGCGCGCCGUCGGUAUGGGCCACCGGAUAUUGACCAAGAAGGGCGAAGAACGAGACAAAGUCCACGACAAGGGAACGGAAGAAGACUACACCGUCCAUCGCAUCCUGCAUGGAGUCCCAGAGGGCUCUGUAGAACUCGUCAACAGCUUACCUCUCAACUCGAACGUUGAUCUUAUGGGAGGAGUCGACUUUCGAAAAGGAUGCUACGUCGGACAAGAGCUGACCGUAAGAACUUACCACACUGGCGUCGUACGGCGCCGUAUAUACCCAGUUCAACUCUACCCGGAGAACCAGAGUCCGCGCGAACCAGAGACAACCGAUGCCUCUAUACCACCCUUCUCGAAACCAAUCUCCAUCACACUUACAAAUGUAAAGAACGAUGGUAAACCAGAGCGGGGUACGCGUCCCAAACUAUUGACCAGCAUCCGCGGUGUUGGCCUGGCCGCCCUACGCUCUGCACAACUCGGUGCACUCGACAAAGGCGAAUUAGAGAUGCGCGUCAAUUCCGACUCUGGCGAUACUUUCCGCGUACGGCAUUGGGUGCCAUCCUGGUGGCCGCAACAGGCAAUCGUUUUAGAUGACGGUGGAGUAACAGCCUAA